CAGGCCGUCGUGACGUUGUGACCGAGGACUUCCCUCUCCGAGGAGGGCGUCAGUUAGCGUGUGUGUGUUUGUGAAGGAACUGUGACGUGUUUGUUGUGACGCGGAUCGUGAUUCGACAUCCAUAUUUGCGAGCGGACGACGUGUCAACCGCGGCGGUCCUUUUCUAGUGCUGUGGUGUUGCUCUGUGAUUGAGCCAUCAGUCCCACGACGGGCGGCCGCAGGGAGUGACGCCGCGAGCGACUCCCAUCGCGAGUGAUUUGAAAGUGAACAGUAGUGAGUGACCGCCGCAAGUGCGCAUUGGAAGUGACCAGUGAGUGACACACCGCCGAGUGACGGCCACCUUGGCGCCAUGCUGGCGCAGGAGCAGCCCUCGUUCUGCCACCGGCCGCAGUCCGCCUACGUGCUGCCGGACAGCCCACCGCCCGGCCUCCACAGCCCCUACCACCACCAUCACCACCACCUGCACCACCACCACGGCGGCCUCUACCACCACGCGCAGCACGCUGCUUCGGCGCGCUUCACCGUGCGCGACAUCCUGGCCGACCAGCAGCCGCAGGAGCAGGGCGGCGCCUGCUGGGCGGAGGACAUGCAGCAGGACUACCAGCAGUACGAGUACUACUCGAGCACCCUGACGGUGGCGCACUACGAGCAGCACCCGCAGCCGCAGCUCGGGCGCUGCAACCCCUACCUGUACGAGCAGCCGCAGGCCGUCGUGUGCUCGCCGUCACCGGCGUCCACUGCGUCCAGCUCGUCGCUCAACAUGGUGCUCGGCACGAGCGCGUUGUCCCCGAGCCCCGGGUGUGUGCCGGACAACUCGCCGCAGCAAGGGGUCGAGUUCAGCCAAACAGCGCGGUCAACCGACAUUCAAAAAGUUCGUUUGACGGCGCGGAAGCCCGCGGAUUCGGCAUGCCUCCAUUCCGCGCAGCAGCGCUCACGCAGCAAGCGGAGGCCUCGGGUGCUCUUCUCCCAGGCCCAGGUGCACGAGCUCGAGCAGCGCUUCCGGCACCAGCGCUACCUGUCGGCGCCAGAGCGCGAGCACCUCGCCGCCGCCAUCAAGCUGACCCCCACGCAGGUCAAGAUCUGGUUCCAGAACCGGCGCUACAAGAACAAGCGCGGGGAGGUGCCCGCCCCGCUGGCCCCCACGCCGCCAGCCCCGCUGCCGCCGCCGCCGCCCGCACCGUCCGGGACCGACCCGGUCGAGGACCCUCUCCAGCAGGAGCAGGCACUUGCUGCCCCGGCGGACAUCCAGGACCCCGGCGCCGGCACCGCCUUCGCUUUUCAGGACGUCGGGGCCCUCAAAGCAGAACCGCACUUCAUCGGCGGCGUGAGCGACGCGUACUGUCACCCGGGCUCCGUCAUCGGCUAUGGCGGCGACCUCGGCCAGCAGCAGGUCCACGACCACCACAGUCACCACCUGGGCCACCACCUUGAGCAACACCUGGACCAGAACCUACUCGACCAGCACGGCCAGCGGGCAAACCAGCACCAGGCUUUCCAUCAGGAGUCGUGUAUCGUCAAGAAAGAGCGGGAGGACUUCUACGACCAGAGCGCCAUGGAGGUGGUGUGGUAGCCUUUAGAGACGUCGAAUUUCAGAAGUAUUAAUCAUAUCCAUGUUAUGCAAGUUGACAAAUUAAGUAUAAGACUAACAUUUUUUAUCUUUGUUAAUGAUAUAUUUUUACCGUUAGAUAAAUAUGAUGCCAUACGUAAUUUUUUCUGAUUCAGUAAGAGUGCUUUAUGUUGUUCUAGUUUGUUACUAAUUAAAGAGUGAAA